UUAGCACAGUCCACUGCUAUAUUUUUUAUUCCAAGUAGUGCCUAUAGAUGAUUGCACCUGAUAACUCCAACACCAUACAGGUCUCUGUUUUCUUUCUGUGUCUCUCUGUGUCACUGGAAGCUCUUGGCUAGCAUUGACAAUGGAGGUGUUAAUGUACAAGUCCAUAGUGGCCUCUUGUGCCGUUGUAUUUCUUCUGUGGGCAUGGAGAGUCCUGAACUGGGCGUGGUUGACGCCGAAAAGGAUCGAAAAUCGCCUCAGACAGCAAGGUUUCAGAGGAAACCCUUACAAGUUAAUGGUUGGGGACCUGAGAGAGAGCUCCAUGCUGCUCAAAGAAACCAUGUCCAAGCCCGUCAACAUCUCCGACGAUAUCGUCCGCCGGCUCAUGCCCCAUGUCGUCAAAACUAUAGACACCUAUGGUAAGAAAUCCUUCACAUGGCUUGGGCGGAUGCCAAGGGUCCACAUCAUGGAACCUAAUCUUGUGAAGGAAAUCAUGGCAAACUACCACAGCUUUCAGAAGAAUCAUCAUGUAAACAAUAAACUGAGCAAGUUCCUACUUACUGGAACUGGAAGCUUGGAGGGUCAUGAAUGGGCCAAACACAGAAAGCUUAUUGCUCCCUCUUUCCAUCAAGAAAAGUUGAAGAAUAUGCUGCCUGCAUUUUAUGCAUGUUACGAUGAGCAUUUGACCAAAUGGGAAGAGUGCUGCAAAAAUGGAUCAAUUGAGAUUGAUGUAUAUCCAACUUUUGAUAGAUUAACCAGCCAAGUGAUUUCACGGGUAGCAUUUGGUCCUAUUUCUGGAGGAGAACGGAUAUUUGAACUUCUGAAAGAUCUAAUUAAGCUUACAGUAGAGGUUAUGCGCACUCUUUACAUUCCGAUUUGGAGUGAUGUUUUGCCUACCAAAAGGAAUCAGAAGAUGAGGGCUAUUGACAAAGAAAUAAGAGUCAGGUUUAGGACAAUAAUCAAUAGCAGAUUGAUGGAGGUUAAGGAAGGAAAACCUUGUGGUGACGAUUUACUGGGCACAUUAUUGGAAUCCAAUUUCAAAGAGAUAGAAAGACAAGGAAACAAAAAGAAUGCUGGAUUGUGUCUUGACGAGAUCAUCUCAGAGUGCAAGCUCUUCUACUUUGCCGGGCAAGAUACCACCGGCAGUCUGCUCGCAUGGACAUUUGUUCUACUAUGUAGGCACCAAGACUGGCAAGAGCAAGCCAGAGAAGAAGUUUUGCAGCUCUUCGGGAAGGAAAAACUGGACUUUAAUAGGGUUCAAAACCUAAAAAUUGUAACAAUGAUUCUGAACGAGGUUCUGAGGUUGUACCCUCCAGUAAUCGAGGUGACUAAAGUGACAUAUGAAGAGGCAAAAUUAGGAGACUUGACCAUACCAGCCGGAGUGCAGCUGAUGAUGCCAUCGAUGCUGCUUCACCGUGACCAGGAGAUGUGGGGCAAGGAUGCGGAAGAGUUCAAUCCAGGGAGGUUUGCAGAAGGGAUUUCCAAGGCAACAAAGAGCCCAUUCUUCUACCUCCCAUUUGGCCUGGGACCAAGGAUUUGUAUUGGACAAAACUUUGCUCUGUUACAGGCGAAAAUGGCCCUCGCAAUGAUUCUGCAACGCUUCUCAUUCCAACUUUCUCCAUCCUAUGCUCAUGGUCCUUUCACUAUGUUAACUCUUCAGCCCCAAUACGGCGCUCAAGUCGUCUUCCACAAGCUCAACUGUUGAGGUCGACGUAAACUAAUGGCGUAUUAAUGUGUAUCAUGUUUAUAGCUUGAAACUGAUUGUGGACUUGUUUGUCCAAGUACCUAGUUUCAAGUGUGUCGUGUUUUAUUGUGACGUUGAAUUAUUGUAGCCCCAUGUUUGAUGUCGUUGGAAUGGAUUAAUAAAACUAAGUAUAUAUCAGUGGACUACUA